UUUCAACAGUGAUGGUCCAACGAAGAAAAUGGUUUGAGAUGGAUGCACAUGAAGCGACGAAAGUUGAGUCACUAGUUGUUUCCUGGCAAUCUAUAAAUUCCUCAUCAUCUUUAGGAGGGGACUAGCAGAACUACCAUACCCUCUUUACAACUCAACUUACCGCCGGCGCCAAAAUCCCCCAAACAUGGCCAUCGACCACCUGAGUCUCCACGUUCCUGAAGCCACACUUCAAGAGUGCCUGAAACUUUACCUUGCAGCCUUAAAGCCACUGGGGUACGAGGUUUGUCAGCAGUUUGGUGAAACGGUUGUGGGAAUGGCGUCGAACCUUGAUACGGGCUUUGUGGCCCCUGCUGACUUUUGGGUUAUUGGUGACAAGAACCCUCCCACCUGCGCUUCACACGUUGCAUUCCGUGCGCCUGACCGUGCCAGCGUGGACGCCUUUUAUGAUGCGGCAAUCAAGGCCGGGGGGAAGGAUAAUGGCAAACCUGGAUUGCGAACAAUGUACCAUGCCAACUACUACGGGGCAUUUGUGAUUGAUGCGGCUGGUAAUAAUAUUGAGGCAGUGUGCCAUCGGCCUUAAAAGCAACACGACAGAUGCCGGGAUCCUUGAUUGGCGGGUUGAAAUUGUAUCGGCAUGCACCUCUUGAUGUUAGGGUAAAUGUUCUUUUACAUGUUUAAGUGAUAGUUGCUACAGAGAAGUAGUUCUAUGCUACAGCUUGAGGGGUGCAGAUGAUCCUCAACUCCUAGCGUUUGAGUAUGUUACAUAUUUACAUUUCCC